UGUAAUACUAGGAACAAGAUUCCUAGUUGUCCGGUAUUGACGCCCACUCCUAAAAGUCCAAACUGAUUUCCUCAACUGUGCUUCUAUAUUUUGCAUUCAACUUCCAUUAAACAAUUUCACACAGUGACACACUUUCACAAACACCUUCCAAUCAAAUAAUCUACCCAACCCAUCAUUCAUUCACUCUGCAAAAUCUGAAACAAUCAGAGCCAUCCCGUAUCGGCUCUUACUCCAAUUCUAAUCAUUCACUUAUGUUUUUUUUACUAUAUAUAUAUAUAUAUAUCACUAUGAGCAGUGUUUGUGAUUCAGUGCUCUGUUAAAUGCAAAUAUGUCCGCCCCAGCAACAGUUGAGGAAGGGACGCCGGCGCCGGCACCGGCGGUGGACGGCGAACCUUUACUGACGGAGCCUCUGCUCCGGUGUCGGUCGGAGCAGCAGGGGAGAACCCUUCGGAGAUCAGCCUCGAAUGCUACUUCUCAAGUUGCAAUUGUGGGCUCUAAUGUCUGCCCAAUUGAAAGCCUCGACUACGAGUAAUCGUUUUUCCCUUUACGUUAAAUGUGUUUUUUUUUACGGUUUCAACUCCUAGUCAAGAUUUUCUCUUUGAUUUAGUCAAUCCCGAAUUGCCAGCAUUCUGAAAAUUGAGAGGUGUAGUUACGAUUGAAUUUGACUGAUCUCAAAAGAGUCUUCUUUUUCUCAUCCCAUCAUUGCUUCUGGAGUUGAAUUUUGGAAAGCUGUUGAGACUUAAGAGGUUAUUGAUUCUGCUCGUUUUCAAUGGUUUCUGGGAUUUAGGAUUGCGGAGAAUGCUGUUUUCAAGCAAGAUUGGAGGUCUAGAGGGAAAUCCCAGAUUUUUCAGUACAUAUUUAUGAAAUGGACAUUGUGUUUCCUCAUUGGAUUGUGUGUUAGUCUUGUCGGUUUCGUCAACAACCUUGCUGUUGAGAACAUUGCCGGUAUGAAGUUUGUUGUCACCUCCGACAUGAUGUUGGCUAGAAGGUUUGCAGCAGCUUUUAUUAUCUUUGCAUCAUCAAAUUUCACAUUGACAUUGUUUGCAAGUUUGAUUACGGCUCUCAUAGCUCCAGAAUCUGCUGGCUCAGGUAUACCAGAAGUUAAGGCUUACCUGAAUGGCAUUGAUGCACCGGCAAUAUUUUCAUUCAGAACUUUGCUUGUCAAGAUUGUUGGUAGCAUAUCAGCUGUGUCAUCCUCGCUUAACAUUGGCAAGGCGGGACCUAUGGUCCAUAGCGGUGCAUGCAUUGCAGCAAUCUUCGGGCAAGGUGGUUCAACAAAAUUCAGGUUAACUUGGAAGUGGCUACGUUUUUUCAAAAAUGAUCGGGACCGCCGAGAUUUUGUAAUUUGUGGCUCAGCAGCUGGCAUUGCUGCUGCAUUUCGUGCUCCUGUUGGUGGCCUUCUCUUUGCUCUUGAAGAAAUGGCAUCUUGGUGGAGAAGUGCACUUCUAUGGAGAUCUUUUUUCACAACAGCUGUUGUUGCAAUCGUUCUUCGUGCUUUAAUUGAUGUUUGUAUGAAAGGGAAAUGUGGAUUGUUUGGUAAAGGUGGACUUAUCAUGUUUGAUGUUACCUCUGCUAAUAUUUCUUAUCACUUCUGGGAUAUCCCUCCUGUAAUUCUUCUUGGAAUUGGAGGGGGCAUAUUGGGAAGCUUAUACAAUUGUUUGCUCCAAAAGGUUCUCCGGGUUUACAAUCUCAUUUACGAAAAAGGCACAGUUUACAAGCUACUCGUUGCUUGUGUCCUUUCCAUUUGCACAUCAUGUCUUCUAUUUGGAUUACCAUGGAUUGCAUCAUGCCAACCUUGUCCACUUGAUCCAACUGAGCCUUGCCCAACAAUUGGCCGUUCUGGGAACUACAAGAAAUUUCAAUGUCCUCCUGGUCACUACAAUGAUUUAGCAAGCCUUUUCUUUAACACAAAUGAUGAUGCAAUAAAAAACUUAUUCAGCAAGAACACUGAUGCCGAGUUCCAAGAAUCUUCAGUGUUUAUAUUUUUCAUCACCUGCUUUUUUCUUAGCAUCUUCAGUUAUGGCAUUGUAGCACCUGCUGGCCUUUUUGUGCCUGUCAUUGUUACAGGCGCAUCUUAUGGACGAUUUGUGGGAAUGCUUGUUAAUUCACACUCGAACCUGAACCAUGGACUCUUCGCUGUCCUGGGUGCUGCUUCUCUUCUUGGUGGAUCUAUGAGGGUGACUGUUUCCGUAUGUGUUAUUAUUCUGGAACUCACAAAUAACCUAUUGCUAUUACCUUUAAUAAUGCUGGUUCUUUUGAUUUCCAAGACUGUAGCUGAUGUAUUCAAUGGUAAUAUAUAUGAUUUGAUAAUGAAGUCGAAGGGUUUACCUUACUUAGAAGCACAUGCUGAACCAUACAUGAGACAGCUGACAGUUGCAGAUGUGGUUACUGGCCCGCUUCAGGUUUUCAAUGGCAUUGAGAAGGUCGGUAAUAUAGUGCACGUACUCAAAACAACAGGGCACAACGGUUUUCCUGUGGUGGAUGAGCCUCCAUUUUCUGUGACUCCUGUUUUAUGUGGCCUUAUCCUCCGUUCCCAUCUAGUCACGUUGCUGAAGAAGAAAGCUUUCUUGCGCACUCCACUGUCUAAUUUUUCUGAUUCUGUUGAGUUCUUAGCGAAUGAUUUUGCAAAGAAAGGCUUGGGAAGGGGAGACCGAGUUGAAGACAUUGAUUUGUCGGAUGAAGAGAUGGAUAUGUUUGUGGAUUUGCAUCCGUUUACUAAUACUUCACCUUAUUGUGUUAUAGAGUCGAUGUCCCUGGCAAAGGCUCUAGUACUUUUCCGGGAAGUUGGUUUGAGACAUUUGCUGGUGAUUCCUCAAGUUCCAGGGGGACUACCAGUUGUGGGAAUACUGACGAGGCAUGAUUUCAUGCCGGAGCACGUACUGGAUCUGCAUCCAACCUUGUUUAGUCGCAGGUGGAAAAGAUUAAGAAUCCAGUUGCCUAGUUGGAGUAAACUUUAGGGGAUUGUGACCCGGUUUUUGGAUAACUUGAAAGUUGGGUCUGAAACAGCUCCUUUGACUGCGCAUUCAUAAAUCAUCCGGGAUUCAUCCAAAUAAGCAGACACAACACUUCCAUCAUCUUUUUGGACUGGCAGCAGACUCUGAAGAGGAACACUCUAUUUUUCAUGUGCACCCUAAUGACCAGAAGCAAGGUAGUGAGUGGUCUCUGGAAUGAGGAUUGGUACUGCCACAAUUGGCAUUUCAAUCGUUAGCCAUUGCUUGUAUGAUUAUAAUACAUGAAUGGGGUUCUCACAGUGAAUCAUGUGAAAAAUGCUGCAAUCUUUGGUACAUGACAAUCUAUCCUUUUGAAAUGUAUAGGUUGGAAAGAUCGAAAAAAUGUUGUUAGGGGCUGGAAUUUGAGAUCUCUGGCCUAGGAAAGCCUCUUGAGAUAACUCCUGGUUGAUUGAAAUUUUAUUGUAUAGUACUUUACCUAGCUAGAAUGCAAGAUCUUUUGUCGAAAGAGUAGUUCCAUAUGAAUGUAUUCAUUCAAUAAUUAUUAAUCUAACAUAGUUCAGCUUCACUUCAAGAGUAAGUAUUCAGUUGAACCAUCAUUUUCCCUUUGUGAUGGAAUGUACUUAUUUGCUAGUAUUACUUUGGAAGACAAAAACAUACAUUUUGUACUUGGUAGAAAAUAUAACAAUAAAAUAUGUACAUGCCCU